UGUGAUCUCUGAAAGCCAACCAGAAGUGAGCUCCAUUGUCUUGCAGCGUGGUCCCUUUAAAAAGUUGGACUUAAGUUUUUAACCUGUUUAGCAAAGUGGUAAGUGCACCAGUUAGUGCUGUGCUUUAUUUGACCCAAGUUUUUGUAUUACAAGGUGGUCUGAGAUCUAACCAUGACCUCCAAGGGAGAUUCAGGAGUCCGCUGCUAUCAGAUCACGCUAAUCCUGGGCAAUGCGAUGAUUGCGUGUUUGGGUAUAACUUUGUCUGCCAUGUGCAUCUUCUUCUUGACGGAUCAAAGUAGCAUUUACACCAUGGUCUACGAAGGAGGCAAUGACUCCAUCUUCAGAGGCACUUGGAUUGGGCUGUUCACUGGACUGGCCUACUUUUGUACUUCCAUUCUCGGAAUGUACUGCAUAAUGAAGUCCAAACGGAUUCUCUUGCUGGUGUACAUUCUUCUCAUGGUGUUCAUUUUUUGCUUCGAAACUGCGUCAUGUAUUACAGCUAUAACACACGGAGACUAUUUCGUUCCCAACAUGUUCCUGAAGCAGAUGCUCAGAAGAUACAACAAGCCUUUGCCUGAAGCAAUGCCCAGCACCCUGGAUGAAAUCUACAUGACCUCUGGUAUCACCCAUUCCUGGAACCGCUUUAUGACUGAAAAACAAUGUUGUGGAGUCUAUGGACCCCAAGACUGGGUAAAUUACAGCUCUGAGUUCAGGUCACAGAAUUCAGAUGCGGAUUUCCCUUGGCCAAGACAGUGCUGUCAGCAAGAUGCUCAGGGGCAGCUUACAAACCUGAACGCAUGCAAAAUUGGAGUCAAUCCCUUCCUUUCCACAAGGGGUUGCUUUGAUUUUAUGGGUGGACCAUUGCAAAGACAAGCCUGGGGUGUUGGGUGGUUUGGAUUUGCAAUACAGUGUUGGACUUUCGUGGUUAUCAUUGGGGCGAUAUACUACUAUGUCAAACUCGACUAAUAAAGAAGUCAAGAGGCAGAACAGAACUACAAAAACUGGAUACAGACUGUAUUAACUACUGAUCUACCAUUUCUCUGCCAGUAUGGAGGAUUAAGGAAAAUAAUGAACUAAACUUAUGAAGUAUUGGUCAUGUUGAGUUUCUCCUGAAGAAGAAAUUCUUGCCAUCGCUGCCUUCUUCUUCUUCUUCUUCUUCUUCUUCUUCUUAACUACAUUUUGUUUAUGUCUGUAGUGAUACACUUUGUAAAUCUAGGUAAAGAUAUAUAGAAUACAAGAUCCAUUUUGUAGUUCUCUCCAGUGCUUCUUGAAAGACGAAUUAAAAUGUGUUAUUUUUGCAUCGAUUCAAUUAAUAGUGGUUAUUAAUGUUUUUUAAAGUGAGAAUAUAUUAAAUAUUGAGCAUUACAUAUUUGUAUAGUUUGGAUUUAUUUUAAGGGAGGGAAAGUUUGGAGUUUAUAUUACUGUAGGGUUGUAAAAGUGUUUGCUAGAUUGAAAACUGAAUCCCACCAAGUACUUGUACUUGUCUUAUGCAAUUUGAGUUGACAGUUGUCCAAUUUUUGUCAAAUAAUCACGCAUAUAUUAAUUAUUAAUUAAUGACAAUUUAAAAUAAAGUGCAAUUUCCCAUGCAAGUCUUUGAUCUAUUUUAUGUAUAUUCUUAGAUCAUCACAUAAAAAGUAAGUAGUUGGGUUCUGAAUUUGCCCACGUUUUUAAACAGGUAACACAGCAAUAACGAUCCAUGAUUUGAUACAGAAUAGAAAAGCCAGAGCACUUGUUAUGUGUACUAUUUAUCUUCCUGCAGUGAUUUUAGAGGACCAAUCUCAAACCCCAGUGCACUAGAGCAGACAUCUUGGAAAAAGCUUUGAAAGACUUUAGUUAUAAGUGUGAAAAUAUGUCUGGAUGUUAACAAUGAAAAUAGAAAUUACUGGUAAGUUAUUUAAACAGUUGUAGCAACACGUGGGGACGUAUAACGCUAUAUUUUUCGGAACCCCACCUUUAAAGUAUGUAUAUCUAGGUGGAUCCUAUAUAGAAGACUUAAUAACUGGGUUUGCAUGGAAUAGAAUGUCAAAUGAAUAUAACAGUGAGCCUUGCAGAAACUGUCUUCUGAUGGCUGUUGUAGGGUAAGAAAGAUGACAUUAUGCUUCUAAAAUGUGUGUUGUUUUAAGCAUUGAAUUAUGAAUUACCAAAGCUAUUUAUGCUCAGAUUAUAGAUUUUAACUACCUUAAAUGUUUUGUUUUUUAUUUAGUGAAACUUAAAUAUAUAUAUAUAUAUAUAAAUAAAAUGUGCUUUUUUUGGAGCCUAGAAAAAGUGCUUUUCAUAGCCUGCUUGUAAUGAUGACAUAACAUGUCUGACUUUGAGCCCUUUAACAUUUUGACUAUGGAUGGGGAGUGUUUUGGGGGAAAAAUGAAAGAUUUUUCCAUAAACAAGGUGAAUGUUUAGCAAUACCAAAUUACUUUUUUGUGAUUCAUUGAAUUCAAAGUAUAUAGCUCAACAUUAUUUGUCUAUUGCAUGAAGCUAUCCCUAAACUACAGCUAAAAGUUAUUCAUCUUCAACAUUUAAAAGUUAAUCGGUGGUUCCUGAUUUUAUAUGUAGACUGGUGUACCUAAAUCCUGCCCCUUUUUAAUGUAUUUAAUCCAGUUAUAAGCACAUUGUCCAUGCAGAAAUGUGUAGAAUGUGUUUAAUAAUGGCUGACAAACAAUCUUCUAAACUGAUGUACUGUAUAGACAAAGAGCCAAAAACAAGAAUGAAAUAUCUUUUCUGUAAGCCUUUUUUACCUUUUUUUUU